CCUUAUCUGAUAUGGCGGAAGAUUUCUGAAUUUGGCCACAUAUCAAAGUUUUAUAUCCAGUUUUUUUUGGACAUUUAUUUUCCCUACCAGGAAGCAUCAGAAGAUCAGACAGGGUCUUGUAGCUUCUUUAUUUCCCGAUAUAAAACAAGAUGAAGAAAAACCGGGAACAGAUGGCGGAGCAGUUCUUGAAUUACGCUUUGGAGAUCAUCUACCUGCUGACUGGAGAGGAAUACAGCGUUGUGAAGAAACGUUCCCCACACAGGAACAUUCACCGGCUGCACAGAGAGGUACCUAUCAAGUGCGAUGAUAUUGCGAUUUAUUUCUCUAUGGAGGAGUGGGACUAUAUAGAAGACCACAAGGAGCUGUAUAAGGAAGUCAUGACGGAGACUCCUCCGACACCCAAGACUCUGAGAGCCAAAGAAAAUACAAACUCCGAUACAAUUCUCCAGUUCCCUGAUCACUAUGAUGGAAAUACAGAAACUGUAUCUAUAAAAGACAAAGCCAAGGAUGAGAUUGAAGAAAAUGAUACACACGCAGUUGUGCCACAGACUGAGCCUAGUGUGGAAUCCUAUACAGAAAAACCAGAGGCCGUAUCAGUUAAUGAGAGAGAUAAGGAUGAGAACGCAGAAAAUCCCAAUCAGAAGGUGGAAAUGUAUUCUGACCCCAGUCCAGGCGAGUUUGUACCAACUGGGUACGAAAUAGAAAAUGCCGGCGAGAAGAGUCCAACAGAAGCUCUGACGCAGGAAACCCCCAAAUAUAUCUGUGAAGACCUUGAAGAUGAAAAUCUGGAAAUUAUAUCAAUUAGCGAGGAAGGAGACGAUGAGACGGAGGAUGAUGAUGAUCAACAGGUGGAAAUUAAUUCAAAUCACUGGGCAGAGUCUUCAUUUCCAAGUAGGGAACGUGUACGUUGGAAUAUGUUAGAAAAAUCUCAAGCCUGUUCUUCGAAUGACCUAGUGCGAGAAAAUACUGAUAUAUCUCAUAUGGUUAGUGAAGAGCUGCAGGAAAAUGUAUCUAAUGAAUUAACAUCAAGUGAAAAAGAUGUAGAAUAUCCUUCUCUCUAUUAUUACUGUGAUCAAACCAGGAUUACGCCAAGUAAAGGGUUUCUCAACCGUGAUAAUGACAUUGCAUGGACAGAUAUGCAGAUAAAAGACAAUAGGGGUCUAAGACCCAAUAAUGAGCUUAAUACAGAUCUUGUGGAAACAGAUCGCCAAUCGAUUCCCAGAAGAGAAAAGCCCCAUAAAUGUAAUGAAUGCGGAAAACAGUUUAGUUACAGAUCUCGUCUCAUUAGACAUCAGAAAUCGCACACAGGGGAGAAAACGCAUAGGUGUAACGAAUGUGGUAAACUGUAUGUUAACAAAUUUAAUCUUCUCCGACAUCAGAGAACACACACGGAAGAUAAGAUUUUCAAGUGCAGUGAGUGCGGAGAGCAGUUUACCUAUAGAUCUCACCUUAUUAUACAUCAGAGGUCUCACACGGGGGCAAACAACUGCAUGUGUAGUGACUGCGGGAGAUACUUUGCAUACAAGUCCCAUCUUGUAAUACAUCAGAGAUCACACACAGGGGAGAAACCGUACAGGUGCAAUGAAUGUUCAAAAUAUUUUUCAUGCAAAUCAAAUCUGCUUAUGCAUCAGAAAUUACAUGCAGGAGAAUCUUCAUCAUUGCAAUGAAUGGGGUAAACUUUCUAUAAAUCAUAUCCUAUUGCCAUGGAGGACAUGUUACAAUAUCAGAGUAGAGAACUAUGGGUAUUAAAUGUACCCACGUUUAGAAGGAUCUGGUUCAAGUGGUUUCAGUUAAAGCCUGGGACUAGAAUGAAUAAAGAAGUAUGCACUGUUUAUAAGCAUUUAAGAGACCUAUCUGCACACAGCUUUAAGCAGCUUUUGUCUCUACGUGUAACUUCAGGCAGCUCUUAUUGUCAGAUCCAAUAAAAACCCAAAAGUCCCAGGAUGCACCUUAAAAACAUUCUCCAGCUCGGAAACAAAAUCUCGUUGGUUUCCACUGGCUACUACAUUAUUGUUCAAAGGAUGUUCCAGAAUUGAUUUUGUGAUCAUCUGCUGCUACUCCAGGGCGCAAGUAUGUUGUUGGCUUAGUUUUCAACACAUGAAAUGAUGGAAUCACCAGGACUGACACAUAAAACCUUGUAAUGGUCUAUACCACUGUCACUGGCAUGUAUUUAGUAGUUAAACAGAAAUAUUCUAGGUAACGCAUAGGAUUAGAAAGGAAAAGGAAUAUAUAAUGACUUACACGACUCACCUAUAUAACAAAACAAACAACAUGGUAUCCAGAAUACAAAACUAUAAAAAUAUAAAUGGUGAACUAUUUCAUUCAAGGCUGUUCUCCAGCAGAUAGAAAACUCUUAACAGAAAUAUAGAUUUCACUGGUGUUUAAAGGGACAUAAAACAAGUUGGGACAGAGACAAAAUAUAAAAUGUACUUUUAAUUA